AUGAACCCUGGAUUAAAUAUGACAUAUCUAAUUCUUGGUGGACAUGUGGAAGUGCAGAAAUACAGAUAUCUCUAUUUUAUGAUACUGUUCACAGCAUAUAUUCUAAUAAUUUGCUGUAAUACCUCUAUCAUAUACCUCAUUGUUAUUCAUAAAAGCUUGCAUGAGCCCAUGUAUAUUUUCAUUGCAGCUUUGUUAUUAAAUUCCCUUUUUUUCAGCACUAAUAUUUAUCCAAAGCUUUUGGCUGAUUUCUUAUCUGAAAAACAGAUCAUAUCUUAUCAAGUCUGUCUCUUUCAAGUUUUUAUAUUUUACUCUUUAAGCUGCUCAGAGUUCUUAUUGUUGUCAGCCAUGGCCUAUGACAGAUAUGUGUCUAUAUGUAAACCUCUGCAAUAUCCAACAAUAAUGAGAAAAAUAACUGUCGUUUUUCUGCUUGUAUUAGCUUGGCUUUUGCCUGCUUGUCAAGUUGCAGUUGUGAUCAUACUAAAUAUUAAUAACAAACUCUGUAACUUUACUUUGAAAGGCAUUUUUUGUAAUAAUUCACUCAUCCAGCUUUACUGUGUGAUGUCAAGAGCUCUCUCUGUAUAUGGUGCAUUUGUUUUAUUGAAUACCGGACUUUUUCCAAUGCUAUUCAUAAUUUUUACAUACACCAAGAUAAUUUUAACUGUUUAUCGGAGCUCUGGAGAAGUCAAGAAAAAAGCUGCACAGACCUGUUUACCACACCUGUUUGUUUUAAUCAACUAUUCCUGUUUGAUAACUUAUGACAUGAUUAUAGCUAGACUGGAAUCAGAUUUUUCUAAAACUGCGCGUUUUUUAAUGACACUCCAAAUAAUAACAUAUAAUCCUCUCUUCAAUCCAAUUAUUUAUGGACUAAAGAUGAAAGAAAUUUCUAAACACCUCCAAAGGUUGUUGUGUCAAAGCAAACUCAACUAG